GUUUCCACGCUUCUAACGAGUAUAUAAGAAACGCUUCUGUUUCGUUAUUUGGCAAGCUCCGGUUUUUUUUUCUCCGUACCCUAAUAUAAUCAUGGCUGUAUCUUCUUUGUCGUGGUCGGAGUUUUUACCGGAGCUUCUAGACGCUGUAUUAAACUAUGCCAGAGACUUUCAAACCUGUGCCACCGUCUGUUCUACUUGGAGAGAUUCUUCUUCUGCCGUAUACAGUCGCAAGUUUGAUUCUUUUCUCUUUGUUUCCCAUGUCUCUUCCGAUGAAGAUAUUUUAUUCUCCGACCAGUUUGGGGUUUUGUCUCCGGGAUAUUUGGGAUUCUCAGAGAAUAGACAAACAUGGGUUUGUGGCGGCACUCAAGGGUUUUUGUUGACGGUCACUGCUUCUUACCCGUUUGAGGUUCAUUUAAGAAAGCCAUUUACCAACAGCGUUACUUCUCUGCCACCUUUGAUAUCUUUCGUGGAUGUUCAGCAGUUGCUUCAAUCCCAAGCAACCUUUCCAGACUCUGAAGCUCUUAAGCACUUUGUAAAGAAAGCAGUCUCUUCAACAAGUUCAUUAGAAGCUGAUUGGGCUGUGCUUGUAAUCUACAACAAUGAUAGGAAGCUAGCGUUCUGCAGACGCGGAGACAAACAGUGGACAGAUUUGGAAUCUGUUACCUCUUCUGUCGAUGACAUUGUGUUCUGCAACGGCCUGUUCUUCGCUAUCGAUAGGUUCGGAGAGAUAUAUCAUUGUGAGCUUAGUCCUAACAAUCCAAAUCCAAAAGCUAUUCCUUUUUGCAGCGCCUCUCCGUUUCGGUACGACACUUGCAGGAAAUACUUUGCAGAGUUGGGUUACAACGGACUGUGGGUGGUUCUUAAGAAGCUAGAGCUUAACGACGAUUGUGAUUUCACAACCUAUUUCGAGAUUUACGAAUUCAGUUCCAAGACUAACGAAUGGACAAAGGUGAUAAGCUUGAGAGGAAGAGCUUUGUUUGUGAGCACUCAAGGUAGAUGUAUAGCGAUUUCAGCAGGUGAAAACGGAUACAGAGGAUAUAUCGAAGACAACUCAGUUUAUUUCAUUGAUGGCGAUGAUCCAAGUAGAGGAGGAUCAGGGCCUCAGAAUCUGAGCGUUUUUGAAUGGGAAAGUAAGAAAAACAUAGAGAUAUACAAGCCAAGAUCUUGGAAUUGUCAGAUGUUUUGGCUCACACCUACAGAUUUUCUUCAAGGAUGAAUGAUUGAUGAUGAUGAAACUUGGAUUUCUAGUUUGUAUAGUACAUAACAAAGGUUUUCUUUAUUUCUUUUAAUAGUUUGCAGAGUGUAGAAAAGGAUAUGUAUUUCAAAUUUUGGUUCUUGAUACAUUACAUUACAGUUGUUUUAUUUGUAACAAAUAUAUUAUAUUAUAUGAAUAUUUUCAGCAUC